AUGUGCAGGGAGGGGGGCGUAUGGGGCAGAUGGGGUGUUGCGGGGAGGGGAGGGUGCGGGGCCAAGGGGGGUGCGGGGCGGGGAGGGGGGUGCCGGGAGGUGGGGGUGCGGGGCGGGGAGGGGGGUGUGCGGGGCGUCAGGCGCUGCGGCCGGCGGGCCCCGGCGCUGCUGAGCGAGAGAAAUGUGAGGCGGCUGCACCACUGCGGCGGCACUGCGGGCGGCGGCGGGAGCGCGCAGCAGCGCCCGCGCCGCCGGGCCCCGGGGACGGUGGGCACGGAGCCGCCGCUGCCUGCCCGCCGCUGCCCGCCGCUGCCUGCACCUGCCGAGGGGCACCGGGGGGACCGGGGUCAGCCCCCCGCAGCCUGCGCUGCCCGACGGGGGUGUUGCAUCAGCCCCGCGCCGAGCCGGGGUCCACGGCCGGGGGCGGCGGGGGGAGCCGGGGGAGGGGGCGAAGGGGCCCCCCCGGAGCGGCAGCGGCGCUACUGCCGCCUCCCCCGGCCUCCGGUCCCCGCGGAGCAUCCGGAGGAGCCCGGCGCCGCCAGCCCGGCCUCUGUGCCCGGUGCCCUCCCCGCGCCGCCGCGGCGGCGGCCGGAGCGGGCGGCGGGGCCGGGGGGAGCGGGGCGGGGGGCGGCCCGGCCGGCGGGGACCGUCCGUGUGGAGCCGCGCCUCGGACCCGCCGGCAUCCCCGGGGAGCCGCGCCUGGCCGGGGCAGCGCCGCAUCCCUCUGCCUUUCAGAUAACCUCCGCCGCUCGGGCCUGCGGACCCGCACCGGGCACCGAGGGGGGGCUGGCGGCUGAAUCGAGACCCCCGCCCGGGGCCAGCGCAGCAAGCAAGAAGCUGAGCUGAGGACAGAGGUACCAGGGACGGAGGGGACAAGGUGCCUGGUGGCCUCACAGCAGCCAAGGUGAGCUGCCCUCCGGCAGGGGAUGCACCCUGAGACCCUGCCCUGUGGGAGCUGCCGGUGACGUUAAGUGGGAGAGCCGGGAAGUCAGAGCAAAGGAAUUUGCAAACACAUUCCUCAGCACCACGAGGAUCCCACCGCGAGUAAACAGGAAUAAAGGCUGGGCUGGGGCAAACUGAGAGCUGCCUCCGGUUCCUGUGAGACCCUCCCUGGAUUCACCUGCCCCGGGCAGUGCCCGGCAUCACCAUCCCCAGAUUACUGUUCCUGACUGCAACUGAUCCGGCGGGAAGUGGCAGCGAAGGUGAAGAGGAGGGUUGCUGUGUGACUGAGGAGGGCUGCUGUG